GGCAGGACAUAUUCAGGCGUGCAUCACAUGCCUUCAUAAUAGUAGGUUAAUUCUCUCUCCAUAGCUCUCAUGGAUGAAGUCACACUAUCAAUUUACACUUUAAUUCCAGUCCGUGACAGUCUGGUGAGUGGAUAGAUAUGCUCUGACAUCGGCAUCGUUUACUUUACACCGAGGGGACUGUCGGCUGUUGAUUCCACGGGCGGCAUCUGGCAAAGUUUAUUAUUCGAGAUGCUCUGUUUUGUUAAUCUCUAGAUAUAAUAAAACCCUGCAAGCGAUGUUGGUUUAACUUUAAGACAGGCAAUAGUCGAGCUUUUCCAACCGUAGCUUUUCGAAAUCGCCAUUGUUAGAAACGUUCAACCGUGCAGAGUGAUGAAGAGUGGAGACUGGGGCUUCCGGUGUAAAACAGGCUGUCUUUAUGAAAUCCGUCGAGGUGCGGAACUACUGCCGACUCCUGCUGCAUAUUAGGCCUACUAUCAUAAUCUAUUGUUAUCCGAGAUGAUAUCCCGGUCGAGUUGAAACGGAUCCGAAACACCUGGAAAUAUAACGGAAGCAAUCUCAACCAACCAGCCCAGCCAGCCACGCUCCCAUCGCAAAUUCAGUUUACUGGAAAUAUAUCAGUCAUUUGAUGGGAUCUUAUUUUGCAGUUAUUAAAAAAGAGAAGCCAUUCCCGUGGGGUUUAUUUCAUGGGGAUGUGUUCAAGACAAGAGAGAAUACAAAAAGACGUCGACGUCGUAAUUCAAAGGUGCAAGGCAGAGAAAGACUGCCUUUUCUCUGAUUUCAGAUACACUGACGCCACUUUCACCUUCACUUAUUCCAAAGGCUCCAGAAGGGUGUCCUACUCUGUGCACGUCUCUGACGACUACCCAGACAACACAUAUGUAUCAAACUCUGAAAAUGUGGAUGCCGUUCUAGUCACCAGAGAACCCCUCCCCAUCAUCUUCCACAGAAUCACAACAGAGAUUACGAUCAACAAUGACGCCAGCUGCUGCCUGUCCAUCAAGACAAAACUUCAGAUAGACAAAAACCAGUGCCACUAUGCCAUAGAGGAGGACUCUGAGGGGGAUGCUGAGUCUGAGGAGUUCUACUAUGGAGGUCAGGUGAACUACGAUGGCGAGCUCCACAAGCAUCCCCAGCUGGAGGCGGACCUGGCGUCGGUCCGGGAGAUGUACGGACAUCACGCAGUAUCUCUCAGGGAAUACGGUGCGAUUGAUGAUGUGGACAUUGAUCUGCACAUCGACGUCAGUUUCCUAGAUGAGGAAAUAGCCCUAGCAUGGGAUGUGAUCCGCAGGGAGCCGGUGAUCGUGCGUCUCCACUGCUCUCUGACACAGUACCUGAAUGGACCAGUCCCCACGGUGGACGUGUUCCAGAUGUCCACUAAGGACCGGUUUGGACUGGGACAUCAGUUGAAGAAGAUAAUGCAGACAUUUGUCACCCAGCAGUGGAAACACCAAAGUGAGGAGAAACUAAACUCCCUUCACAACAAAAACAAGAACAAGAAGAAGGUCAAAUCUCCCCUCCACAUCUUCUCAACCCUCCGCAGAUCUCCCAGCUACCCGCCUCCCGGCUCUGUCAAGAGCAAGAAGAAGCCGAAGCCGGAACAAGAUGGCGUCUCUAAAUCCCACCGCCUGCUCCGUCAGACAUGCUCCAGCACCAUCAAACAGCAGGUUGAGGCAGAGGUCCCUGGGACCAAGACCACCCACCGUCUCCUUGGCCACUCCCUGUCUAGCGCAGACCCCCGUAUGGAUCACGGAGGAGGGCCCUGCGCCGGACCCCUGCCCCUCAAACCCCUCCGCAUCCUGGGCAGGCCCUGCUCGGCUGUGGUCAAACCGGAGGACCUCCGCCCCGCUCCCCACAAGCUCCUGCCUCGCUCGUGCUCCGGCGACCCCCGCUGUGAGCACACUGGUGGGGGAGGAGGUGGUGGUGGGAUGGGCCUGCGUGGUGGAGGAGGUAGUCUUGGAGGUGGUUUGAAGCACCACAGGCUGCUCAGUAGGUCGUGCUCUGGUUCUAUCAGGACGGAGGAGCUGGAUGGACUGAAACACCACCACCUGCUCAGCAGGUCCUACUCCAGCAGUACCAAGAUGGGCAAGGCUGUGGACAUCUUCAAGGACUCUGUUUCUCCAACCGAGGGGAGGCGUCUCUCUCUUACCUCAGGGCUCAUCGGGAUCCUCGCCCCCUCGCUUGCCACGCCACCACCGCCAAACAAUGGGGCCAAGUCUAUACCGAUAAGAGACAGAGGCUUCCUUGUUCAGACCAUGGAGUACGCUGAGCAGAGGACUCCGGUCCUGAAUGAGUUCUGUGUGGUGUGUGACGAACCACACGUGUUCCUGAACGGACCCAUGCUCCGACCCACAGUGUGUGAGCGGGAGCUGUGUGUGUUUGCCUUUCAAACACUGGGGGUGAUGAACGAGGCAGCCGACGAGAUCGCCACAGGAGCUCAGGUGGUGGAUCUGUUGGUGUCCAUGUGCAGGUCGGCUCUAGAGUCGCCCAGGAAAGUGGUCAUCUUUGAGCCAUAUCCCUCCGUGGUGGAUCCGUGUGACUCCCAGGCACUGGCCUUCAACCCAAGGAAAAAGGACUAUGACCGAGUGAUGAGAACCCUUGACAGCCUUACAUCUAUCAGAGAAAUGUCCCAGAAGGUCCUUGUAUCUCUACAGGCACCUUACCUGGAGGUCAAGAGGCAGAUGGACAAGCAUGAUCCUUUAGCUCACCCUUUACUGCAAUGGGUGAUAUCCAGCAACAGAUCACACAUCGUCAAACUUCCAGUCACCAGACAACUGAGGUUCAUGCACACGCCGCACCAGUUUCUUCUCCUCAGCAGUCCUCCUGCCAAAGAGUCCAACUUCCGAGCUGCCAAGACCCUCUUUGGAAGUACCUUCGCUUUCCAUGGCUCUCACAUAGAGAAUUGGCACUCCAUUUUGAGGAAUGGUUUGGUGGUUGCAUCCAACACAAGACUUCAGCUCCAUGGUGCCAUCUAUGGGAGUGGAAUCUAUCUCAGCCCAAUGUCAAGCAUAUCCUUUGGUUACUCAGGGAUGAACAAAAAGCAGCAGAAAGUUGCUUCAAACCAAACUGCUACAAACAAGACCAAUUUACAUUUGCAGUCAACAAAGAAAGGACAGCAGCCCCAGUUUUUGCAAAGUCGGAACCUAAAGUGCAUAGCCUUAUGUGAAGUCAUCACGUCCCCAGACCUGCACAAACAUGGAGACAUCUGGGUCGUCCCAAACACCGACCACGUCUGUACACGCUUCUUCUUCGUUUAUGAAGAUGGCCAGGUGGGAGAUACGAGCAUCAACACACAAGACGCUGGCAUCCAUCGCGAGAUCCUACGAGUCAUCGGCAACCAGACCGCCACGGGAUGAACCUCACUGAAAUGGAAAUGUCCUUCCAGUAAUACAGCUGCCUCCACCUCUCCUCAAAGCUGGAUUUUUUGAGCUGCGGAAGCCCGUCGUAACAAGUGUUUUUCCGACCAAUGCAGAGAACACAUCAAUUAACUUAGCAAAAGUUUGAAAUCUUCAAGGAAAUAGCUACAGUGUUUUUAACCUUGGUGAAACCAACAACACAUAUUUACAACUGCAACACAGCAAAACCCUUUAGGGAAGAACACAUUUUGCUAAGUUUAUAAAUACUAUGGAGAGUCCUGUUUUUCUGAAGACACGGUACGUCUCUGUUUGACUGAUUUGGUGAAUAUUUUGAGACUUCUUGCUAGUAGAUGUGGGACCUUUUCAGGAAAAAUAACGAUUUGUUCCCUUCCUGUCUAUCGGACCUUGUUUACUAUAAAAGAGUUGUACCUUUUUAAAAUACAAUGUACUUUGUGUACACUGAAGGUGUUAAUAUGCACUUUAUUUUUCUUAAUGUCAUAUAUUUGUUCCAACAACUGGGUCAUAAUCUAAAAAACUAAAAAAGCCUUUUUCCACUUGAUUAUUUUAAAAUUAAACAAAAAAAAUUAGUUGUAUUCUUUUCGACGGUGGCGUACUAUAUUGGUAACCAUUCCAUGUAGACCGAAGGACACAGCAAUAUAUUGAGUAGAAUAGACACAAAGGCCAGGUUUCAAUCAGGACUGCGGAAGAUCCGCGUUAUAGCGAAAUUCACAUAGAAAUGUGUGUUACAGAUCUGUCAUUCUCAUUGAAAGCAAGUCUAAGAAGCGGUAGAUCUGCU